GCAACUAUGUCAACAAAUAAAUUUACUUCAAUUCGACUCCGAAAAAAUCGAAUAUGUGUACAAUCCUCUAGAAUACGCCUAUAAUGGAUACUCCCAAUUCGUACGCAAAUACUUGGAUGAUGGUGGCAUUUGGACUGGUUUUCUUCUUCGCGUUGUCGGUAGUUUCGGGAUUGGAGGAGGCGCAGCCUGAGAUCUUCCUUCCGCCUAGAAACUUUAACCCUCAUCCUUACGAGAUUAAUGCGUUCCAGUACAACAGGAUAGAUGUAGCCGCACCGAACACCGGUCCAGUCCUAUUCCCAUCAAAUCGGGAACCCAACGCUAUCCAAACCCAAGAUCCUCAUCCGUACGCAGGAGUCGUCAAAAAGAAAAAGUACAGUCUAGGCCUUGGAAGGUUCCAGAAAGAAGAUCUGGUAAAUCCUCAGGUUUACCAAGCUCUGGCAAUUCAAGGAGCCAAAGUGCUUAGCGUCCCAAGAGCCAAAGAUCUUAAAGAGGUCCAAUUCGAUCCGUCGUAUGAAAAU